GCUGAACACAUGGGUGAAAGUGAUGAGAAUGUGGAGCGAGGCAACUGGUCCUCGAAGGCUGACUACCUGCUUUCAAUGAUCGGCUGUGCUGUGGGUUUGGGCAAUGUUUGGAGAUUCCCUUACCUGGCUUACAGGAAUGGAGGAGGAGCUUUUCUUAUUCCCUAUAUACUCAUGCUGCUACUUAUUGCAAUGCCGAUGUUUUUCCUGGAAACGUCCUUAGGGCAAUUUGCCAGCCUUGGACCUGUUGCAGUGUGGAAAGUUGUGCCAAUGCUACAAGGUCUGGGGAUUACGAUGGUCCUCUUCAGUACAAUUAUUGAUAUUACCUACAACUGCGUUAUCGGCUACAGCCUGUAUUACCUGUUUGCCUCCUUCCAAUCCCCUCUGCCGUGGGCAGACUGCUUCAGCUGGUGGGGAGCAGAUGAAACCUGCAGCAGGACACCCAGAGAUCCGCUCUGCAAUCUCACUCUGGACAAUGGAUAUUCUGAAAUCGUUAACACAACGUGGCUGCAGAGAAACAACAGAACUUGCUCCAAUGGAUCCGAAAUCCACGUUCCUCACCAGGGCCCAAGUGAACAGUACUGGGAAAAAUUUGUUUUACGGCGAUCAAGUUCAGUGGAUGAGACAGGGCAGAUAGUCUGGUUCUUAGCCCUCUGUCUCCUUCUGGCCUGGCUUAUCGUUUGUGGAGCACUUUCCAAAGGAAUCAAAUCUUCAGGAAAGGUGGUUUAUUUCACUGCAACAUUCCCAUACGUGGUUCUGACUGUACUUCUGAUCCGAGGACUGACCCUGGAGGGAGCCCAGAAAGGGAUUGAAUUCUACAUUGGAAGCCAAUCAGACUUCUCAAAGCUGGCAGAUGCUGAGGUCUGGAAAGAUGCUGCAACACAAAUAUUCUAUUCUCUUGCAAUUGGAUGGGGCAGUUUAAUAACCUUGUCAUCCUACAACAAAUUCCACAACAACUGUUACAGAGACACCGUCACAGUCUGCCUCAUCAACUGUGCCACAAGUGUGUUUGCUGGAUUUGUCAUUUUCUCCAUCCUUGGACACAUGGCUCACAUAGAAGACAAGCCUGUUUCAGAAGUUUCUCAAUCAGGUUUUGAUUUGGCUUUUAUCGUGUACCCAGAGGCUCUUGCUCAGCUGCCAGUGGCGCCACUCUGGUCCAGCUUGUUUUUCUUCAUGUUGGUUACUCUGGGACUCAGCAGUCAAUGUGUUGCAGUAGAAGCAGUAAUAACAACUCUCCUGGACCAGUUCCCUCAGCUUCUGCGACCAAGGCGUCUACUUCUCACAGCUACUGUUUGCCUGGCAUUUUACUUCCUCAGCCUGACUUGCGUAACACAGGCUGGAAUUUACUGGGUGAACUUAAUUGAUCAUUUUUGUGCUGGAUGGGGAGUUCUUCUCGUUACCAAUCUGGAACUUAUCAGUUUAAGCUGGAUAUAUGGGGUAAACAGAUUCAUCAAAGACAUUGAGAUGAUGAUUGGGGAGAAGCAUAGAAUUUUCUGGCUGUGGUGGAGAAUAUCCUGGUCUUUAGUCUCGCCAUGCAUGAUGAUGGCAAUCGUAUUCUGGUCUCUGGCAACGUUUGCCCCACCAAGGUACGGUGCAGUUGAGUAUCCUGCCUGGACAGUGACACUCGGCUGGUGCAUGAUAAUCUUCUGUAUUAUGUGGAUCCCCAUCAUUGCCAUCAAGAGGAUUGCCCAAACAGAGGGCAGUACUUUGUGGAAGAAAAUUUCUGCUGCUUGCACAUCAGCUCCUGAUUGGGGUCCGUACUUGGAACAACACAGAGGAGAAAGAUACAGGAACAAGCCUGGUUCUGCAAACGUCCCACAAAGUCUGCAGCUCCUGGAGUGAUAGACACCUGCCACUACACCUCCUACCUCACCAUCCAGGAGGGACCACACCAGCAGUGAUUCUGUCAGUGUUGACUACUUUAUCUGGUGCUUCUAGUGUGGCCUCCUCCACAUUAGUAGAUCUGACUUAGAUUGGGGAACAGUUUCAGUCGAUAUCCCAAUAGCCAACCAUUUCAAUUCCAUUUCCCAUUCCCAUUCUUACAUGUCGAUUCACAGUCUCCUCUACUGCCAUAAUGAGACCACCUACCCAUUCUCUUUUCCUUACCAGACCAUCACUCCCCUCUGGUACCCUUCCUCCUCCUCCUCUUUAUCUGGUGGUCGACUGUCCUCUCCUAUGAUUCCUUCUUCUUCAGCCCUUUGCCUCUUGCAGCUAUUACCUCCAGCUUCUUACUUCAUUAACCAUCUUACACUUCACUUAUACAACUUCCCCCUCACCUGGUCUCACCUAUCAUCUUUACUCCUUCUCCUACCACCUUAUUCUGGUUUCUUCCCCCUUCCUUUCCAAUCCUGAUGAAAGAUCUCAGCUCAAAACAUUUUAUUUUUACUUUUGUCCAUAAAAUGUUGUCUUCAACUGCUGAGUUCCUCCAGCUUUUGUGUUUAUUGCUCUGGAUUUCCAGCAUCUACAGAACCCCUUGUGGUUAUAGAGCCAAAAGGCAUGGAAACAGGCCAUUCAUGCUAACAAUGUUGCCCUGUAUCCUAGUUGUCCUUCAGUUUUAAAUUUUCAGAGUAAAUUUCCAUUUAAUUUCUAAAAUGUUCCCUGGAACUCUGCAAUUUAUUCCUACAGUGAUAUCAAUGGGAGUUGUCCUAAACAAGAAACACCUGUGUUAUAUUUCAUAUUUCUCCAUAACAUUGUAGGAAGCUAGUUGUCCCACCAAUCUAUGCUGGCUGUCAGAAAACUCCUAUCCCCCGUUAAUUCCUCUGAAUUUAUUCUUUCACCCAUACCCAUUCUCUGACUACCCCUACAAACUAGGGAUUAUUUACAGGGACCAUUAAGCUAAUGGCCAGUGAAAAGAAGCUGCAGCACCUCAUCACAGGGAGGAUGGGCCAACUCCACAGAGCUUUCACCAGGAUCGAGUCCUGCAUUACCGGCAGCACUUCUGCCACACUUUGUGCGCUUCUUCUUGCUCCAAGCCUUUGUGCUGUCUGCUGGAUCUUCUACUUUAUCUUUUCCCAACUAAUCUCUUUAUUGUUGUCUGAAUUAAUUUUUGUUCAUACUUGUUAAUUACUUAUACAUUCUUCCCUCUUGGUCAUCUAAUAUUUGCAUAAAAUUUUGUAGUAAACUUCAUGUAAAAAGCCUAAGAUUCAUUUUCUGUUCUCUCUGCUGCUUUGUCUGAAUGUUGCUCAAGAAAAUAGUUAAGAAUCAGGGCACUAGCAAACUCAAGACUAUAAUGCUUGACAAUUUAACCCUUAAAAGAAGGAUCCCUGUGUCAUUUUGAGUGAUCAGCACAUCAGCAAGA